GCGAACAGCAGGACGUGUGUGACGUCACACGCGGCGGAGGGUGUGUUGCAAGUGGAGCAAGAAGGGUGUCGGGGCCAAACUGUCGUCUUUACAACAUCAGCCGGGCUCAUGUGGAACCUUUACUAACUUGGACAUGGAUUUCAACUCUUUAUUCAACGACACAGCUAUCCAGUUUUCGGACUUCCACGAGUUCACGUUUCUUCCUGGACACCAGAAGUUGUCUGAGCGAUUGAGAAAGCGACUGUAUUAUGGCCUGGAUCAAGAUGUGUCCCUUGAAGUUCUCUCCUCCCCGGUGACGGAUAUAGCUGUUGAAAUCUUCCAGAAAAAUGCCCCGAGCCCAAUACGGAAACUACACAAGAAGUAUGCUGCGCAUGUGGCCAGGGAGGCUUGCAUUUCACCAUGUGCCAUGAUGCUGGCUCUGGUUUACAUCGAAAGGCUCCGUCACAGAAACCCUGAAUACCUGCAAAAGAUUUCCUCUUCUGACCUCUUCCUAAUCUCCAUGAUGGUUGCCAGCAAGUAUUUGUAUGACGAAGGGGAGGAAGAAGAGGUUUUCAAUGACGAGUGGGGAACAGCUGGGAAACUGGACGUUAAUACGGUCAACAAGCUGGAGAUGAAUUUCCUGAACGCCAUUGAGUGGAGUCUCUUCACAGAGUCAAAAGACUUCUUCGAUGCCCUGAGCCAACUAGAGACCAGCAUUGCAGAGCGUCAGGGCAUGAAGCGAGGCUGGUUUACCUACACUGACCUAUGUGUGUUACUUGAGCAAUCAACAUGGAACCAAACACUUACAGCAAUCUACCAGCACUUUACCAAGGUCUCCUGUAUGCUUGGAUUUUUGUACCUGACGAGUGUGGCUGGCCUCAUUGGCAGCAGCACCGUGCUGCACCACCUCUCUCACUUUCCAAGCGGCCACACUCUAUUGCCACGCCCCACAAACGUCUCCCCGGCACACUUUGGCAGCACAGAAGCUCCUGCCGCACUCCACCACCUCCCCUGUUGCACUCCAACCAACGAGAGUCUGAACGGUCACACCAAAGUGCUUGGAGUGAGUCCAGAUUCUGUCCAGACCACCUCAAAGACAUCCAUCUUGUAUCUCUGGAGCUCACUGCUCACCUCUGUGGGCUCCACUUGUCCAGAAAGAGAGUCGGAUUCCACAGCUUCCACUUUUUGUGGUGGCUGUCAUAGCACCCUUCCUCAACCCGAGUGUUUGCUGAGGAACGGCUCCAACGUGUUCACUCAUCAUGCAUCAUGGCUGACCUCUAUCUUCCUUGAAGGCGCUAACUCCAACCUAGCAAUGUUUCCACCUGUGCAGCUGGAACUUUGUCCUCCACAAUUGUUGUUACCUGUAGACAAGACCCAAGCGCUCCUCAUGCCCGGUUAGCAGGCAACAGAAGCAGCUGCUAAAUCAAAGAAAUAGAAAGGAAACCAGCACAGUUUUUAUAACGACCAAACAUUUUUAUUUACAUGAAUCCUAUCGAGAACACACAGGAAGCGCACAUCUCAUAUUUCACUAGUGUGUAAAAACCCUUCCGUCACUUUCUUUGAUUGCAGAGAUUAUUAUUUUAAGAGGAUUUGCACUGCUUUUAUUUUGUUGGGCUGCAACUAAGCUAGUUUGUCUGAUAUUUGCUUGAAUAUGUAAGGAUUUUGUGAUGAGUGCUGUGAACGAUGGCCGCUUAAAAGGGUUUAAGUAAGUUGGGUUAAAUGACGGUGCUUGGCGAGAAGAACAAAUAUAACCGCCUGGUUCAGUCUCAUGCUUUGUUUUCACUGCAGUACAUUUUGUUUCUUGUCACAAACAGGUCACACCAGCACAAGGCUGCCACAACUGUUCUUCUACAUGGAACAGAGGCAUGCAAAACCGACUAAAGCUAAUGAUUUUUUCAUCAUAGUGGUAAAAUUUUACCUUAAAGUUUUCACCUCCAUGGCUGCAUACAGAAAUUUUAAAGUGACUGUUUGCAAUUUGCUGUAAGUUACAUUUUUAUUCCUAGGAACACCACCAGCUGAAUUAUGUUACCAUUCGUAGUUAAAAAAUGUUUUUGUCACAAUUACCAAUUAUCCAUCCAUCCAUUUACUACCGCUUAUUCCCUUUGGGGUCACGGGGGGCGCUGGUGCCUAUCUCAGCUACAAUCGGGCGGAAGGCGUCGUACACCCUGGACAAGUCGCCACCUCAUCACAGCAAUUACCAAUUAUGUUGAAUAAAAAUAGUUUGUUGUCCCAGGAUUAAGACUGCCGUUACAUGCACGUCCAGGGAGGUAACCAUAAACAAUAUUAAUGACAACCCCGGUAAAACUCCCGAUGUUUAUUAUUCCCAUUUUAAAUUAAAAUGAUUAAAAAAAAACACGAUUGAUAAUUGCUCUUUGAUAAACUCAGACUGGCGGCUGCUCACUAGCUUUAAUGCUAACAUAUAAUCUAGGGACAUCAACGUCUUCACCCAUUAAGAAACCACAUACCUCAAUGCAACGACAUUGCAGUCUGCCAAAAUAAGCUAUUUAAUUGUGCACAUCCAGCCUACAAACUGCUCUCCUAAAACACAAUGAUGGUUCUAUACUGUAGAGGUGUUUUUUACGGUGCGUUCAAGGACCGCUGAAUAGAAUAGGAGGCCACUUCUCCCCACCAGAAAACAAUACAUACAUUUUAUUUGGUACGUACAUUCAUUUGAAUAAAUCUUACAGUACAAACUAAUAUUACAAAAAUAAAACCUUAGCCAUUAAAACUUAAAACACGAAGACUAAAACAUCCGUGAAGCACAAGAAACACAAAACACGUAAAAUAGUGGGUUUUCUUUUUUAGGAAAAAGAUAACUCAGUCAAAAUAUUUCAGUGUGUGUAAGUACUUUUUGUGCAAAUUAGAUACCACGAUAAUAAUAAUGUGAUAAUUUUGGUCACGUCUUCAUACACAAAAGCAGUCCCAGAGAAGCAACUAACAGUUUGCAGUCAUGUUGUUACAGUGGGAUGUACAUUUUAAUGCUAGCUAACCUUUGCCAAAUCGCUAUCAUUAGUUGACAACAAAGGGUGGAGUAGAACCCUUUGGAAAGUUAGCGCCGUCAAGACAUCUGCGUAAGGUUUGCAAACAGUCACUUUAAACCAGGGGUGUCAAACGUACGACCCGAGGGCCGGAUCACGCCCACACACUGAUUUAAUCUGGCCUGUGGGAUGAGUUUGCUAUUUAUAAAAAAUUUCCUGAAAUGUUUUAAUGAAACAGCUGUUCCAAAUGUAUCCACUGGUUGUCUCGAUAGCAAUUAUUUGUAUCUUUGUAAAUGAUGCAUCAUAUGUAAAAAAAUAAAAAUAAACCACAUGAUGUGAGAACAUCAGUCGAGGAAAA